CUAACUUUUGCCCCAUUUCGUCAUUCACGAUCCUUUUUCAUCUUCUUCCUUAUAUGUUUCUAUUCUUAAUCGUCAAAUAAGGAUCAGAUUUGACGUUUAUUCCUUUUGCUGUACUGAUCGAUCCCAAUUUCAACUUUAUCCGUUUUUUCUCCCCAUUUUUAGGUUUAGGAUACACAAACUCCCGAUCUGUGGUUUUGAUCUCAAGAUCCGUGAAAACGCUUGUAAAUUAAGCCAUUUUGGGUUGCGGGUUUCGUUUAUCUCGUCAAAAUUAUUCUGAUUUUGUAAAAUUUAUUUUGGAAGCUGUUUUUGGGUUUUGAUUAAUAAGGUCUGUUUUGAUCUAUAUAUCUGCUUGAUCCCGACUUGAAUUUUUUUGCUUUUCUUUUUUUUUCAUUUUGUUGGUUGGCGAGGUGUAAUUUUUUUUUUUUUUUGUAUAUUUCUUCACGAAUUUGAAGCUCUAGGGUUAGGGUUUCCUGAAAAUUAGACCUUUUUCUAUUAAAAAAAAUUAUAUAUUGGGUAAAGUGAAAGAUCUCAUUUUUUUUUCCUUGGUUGCCUGUAAAUUUGAACUAUACUUUUCCUUUUACAUUUUAGCGAUCUGCUCUAUCAUUGAAGGAGAAUUAUUUUCCUGAGUUAAGCAUGGUACAAAAGCGAUCUUUUAAUGAGGAAUCAUACAGCAUUGCUUGCAAGCACCCAAGAAAAGUGGAAUACAAUAAUCGGCUAGUUUCAUUUUCAGAUUUUGUUCCUCUGGAGGUAGCUUUGACGACACCUCAAGUUCCAGGUGAGUGUGGACUCACUGAAAAUGCUACUGAAGGCCAUGAGAGGCUUGCAAGUGAUAUAAUUGCUAGAUUCCCAGUUAGUACAGAGAAGGAUGUAGAGACCAUUGUUCGUGGAAGAAGCAUCUCUUCCUUUGCUACCAUCAGUGCUUGCCAAGAGUCUUCCUUUCUUGACAUGCCAGUGUAUAUAUCUUGUCCCAAAGAAUAUUUUAGUCCUGAGCAUCCAAUAAAGACAGCAGCUCACCAUGAGGAUAUAUAUUCUUUGCUUUUGCAUUAUCCUCCACGAAAAGCAGUUCCAAUUGGAUUGAAUCAUCAAGCUGAUAUUCCAGAAUGGAGUCAUUAUAGUGAGACUAAACCAAAUUCUUCUGGAGCACCUGUAGCAACUCUGGAUUCUAACCUUGUUGUUAGGGAGGAAAAUGUGAAUAGACUGAUGGGGACUUGUGUCAUUCCAAUGCCUGAUUUGGAACUUACUGAUGGGUUUGGAAAUGUUAGGAUUGACUGCAAUUGCCUGGAUGAGGGUUCUAUCAGAUGUGUCAGACAGCACAUUGUUGAAUCAAGAGAGGAACUUAAGAGACUCCUUGGGGGGGAGAGAUUUGAGGAGAUGGGGUUCUAUGACAUGGGAGAGGAAGUGGCUGAUAAGUGGAGUGAGGAGGAAGAACAAUUAUACAAUGAGGUUGUAUUUUCAAAUCCUAAGUCAUUGGGCAAAAACUUUUGGGACCAUCUUUCUGCUGUCUUCCCUUCUCGAUCCAAAAAGGAUAUUGUCUGCUACUACUUUAAUGUCUUUAUGCUUCGAAGGCGAGCUGAACAGAACAGAUAUGACUCAGUGAACAUUGACAGUGAUGAUGAUGAGUGGCUGGGGGGUGAUGAUUAUAAUAACAAUGAAUUUGGAAUGACAGAGGAAGAUGAAGACUCAGUUAUUGAGUCUCCUGUACGUCAAGAUGUUUGUACUCAUAACCAGAACUUGAAAGAUGAUUUACAUGAUGCUGUUGAUGAAAAUUCUUAUUUUGCUUGGGAUAGAGACAACACCAACUUUUUAGAAACAUGCCCUAGGAUAUCUCUUGAUAAUUGUGAUUCCAACUCUCAUCUCCUGGAUGAACUUCCCUCUGAUAAAAAGGUUGAUCAAGAAGUCCAAGAUGACUCAUGCAUAUCUUCCGAUACAGGCGUUUAUUCACAAGGGGCCGAGGUGAAGGUUGAAAGUGAUGAGCAUUGGACAUGUAGUUUUAAUGAAUUAAGCUGUGGAAGUGGCGGGGAUCAUGUUUUAGAACCUUUUGAUGUCAAAGUUUGGGAUUCUGGUUAUAUGAUAUGCCCAAAAAGUAAAGUUGACUUUUUGCCUACUUGCAGUAUGAUCGACGAGGUUUUUGGAGAUGGUUCAUGAAACUAUAAGGCAAAAGAUGACUAGAGUCUGAGCUACUGCAAGUGCUUACCUUUAAACUACAGGUGAUUGGAAAGCACUUAUUCUCCAAGGCUUUGGUUUGAAGCCACUGACCAACAAGUUUUUAUUGUAGAAGCAACAGGAGAGUCAAAUUUUCUAACGAAGAAAUGUGUGUGUCUACAUGCGUGUGUACGAGAGAUUUAGUUUUGUACAUUAAUAUGGUGUAACGUGGGUAGCCCACCUUUCACUGUAAGAUAGUAUAUUGGAAUAUUAGUUUCAAUCGAUUAGGUUUAAAUGUAUUCUUUGGUCGGUACUGAGAAUCUGCAAUUUCCAGUUGCUCAUUACAGAUGUUAAAGUUCAGGGAUCCCUCCCUUGUUAAGGGAUAAACA